AUGGCCGAAUCCAGCAAACGGCAGAGACUCAGUCACGUCAACAGCAGCAUGCAAACUUCAAGUAAACGCAUAGAGAACAUGUUCGCGGACAGUCAGGCCGAAGGAGCCGGCGGAGAGGGUCGGUUUGUGGAAGGAGCCAUACUUCGGAUCACUAUGAAGAACUUCCUGACUUACGACUACUCUGUGGUGUAUCCUGGACCUAAUCUGAACAUGAUUGUCGGGGCCAAUGGAACUGGCAAGUCCAGCAUUGUGUGUGCCAUCUGUCUGUGUUUGGCUGGCAAGACUGCUGUGCUUGGCAGAGGUGACAAGGUUGGGCUCUACGUCAAGCGUGGGUGCAAAAAAGGCCACAUUGAGAUUGAACUGAAAAAAAAAGGUGGUAAUUUAGUGAUUUUUAGAGAGAUCCACGCAGAGAACAACCAGUCUCUGUGGAUGCUGAAUGAUAGACAGUGCACCCAGAAAAUGGUGGAAGAGGAAGUCAAAACUCUGCACAUCCAAGUUAGCAACCUCUGUCAGUUUCUACCUCAGGAAAAAGUUGGUGAGUUUGCCAAGAUGUCCAAAAUUGAGUUGCUGGAGGCGACUGAGAAGUCAGUGGGACCACCAGAGAUGUACGAGUACCACUGCGAGCUCAAAAACUUCCGCAACAAAGAACGAGAACUGGAGAAUGUUGUGAAGGAGAAAGCAAGCUUCCUGGAGAAAGCCAAGCAGAGAAAUGAGAGGAACAAACAUGAUGUGAAUCGUUACUAUGAAAAAAAGAGGCAUCUGGAUGUAAUUGAGUUGCUUGAGAAGAAGAAACCGUGGGUGGAGUACGAGACGACACGAAAGGAGCUUGAGGGUGUGAAGAAGGAGCGUGACGAGGCCAAAAAGCAGCUUUCAGGCCUGAAGCAGGUUCAGUCGCCCAUGCUGAAGAAGAUCCAGCAGAUUGACGAGCAGCUGAAGCCCGCUGAGGCGCAGAUAAAGGCUAAGACUGUUGCCAUCAAAGAAGCCUCCCUGAAGUGCAAACAGAAGCAAGAUCAGCUGGAUCGAAAAAACAAAGAGAUUGACGAUAUUAAACAAACAUUCAGACUUAAGCAAAUGGAGGAGGAAGACCACCAGAAGCGAAUCAGCAACACCAGAAGAACCAUCGAAGACCUCAAGGAAGAGCUCGCCAAAGUUGGCGACCAGCCGGAUGUAACCCCGCAGAUCAAUGCUGUCAAUGCUGAUCUGAGGCGCAGCCAGGAGGAGAGAGCCAAGAUCGAAGGGGAGAAGGCUGACCUGCGCAGGGAGAAGGACAACCUUAGUGCUGAGUCCAAAAUGUUGGUGAAGAAGCUCAACGACAUGAACAACAUGAUGAACGCCAAAGAGGAGAAGCUGCGAGGACGCCACAGGGACACGCACACUGCUCUCCAGUGGCUCAGGCAGAACAAGAAACUCUUUCAUGGAAAUGUCCACGAGCCCAUGAUGCUGGUGAUCAAUGUGAAGGAUCAUCACUUUGCUAAGUAUGUGGAGAACCACAUCUCAUUCCACGACCUGCGCGCCUUCGUCUUCCAGAGGAAAGACGACAUGGAGAAGUUUAUGAUUGAGGUCCGUGACAAGAUGAACUUGAAGGUGAACUCUAUCUGCGCUCCAGAAGAAUCAUGUUCCAAGCGGCCACCAUCCCGAAAUAUUGAGUCCCUGAGACGUUUUGGGUUCUUCACCUAUCUCCGUGAGAUGUUUGAUGCCCCCGAUGAGGUCAUGAGUUACCUCUGUCACCAGUACAGGGUGCACGACGUGCCGGUGGGCAAUGAGCGAACCAAAUCCAUGAUUAAAACGGUGAUUGAGGAGCCCUACCUCAAAGUGUUAUACACGACAGAGGAGAGGUACACUGUAAAAAGGUCCUUCUACUCCAACAAGAUAAGCACCAGCAACUCUGCAGUGCAUGCUUCCCAGUACCUCACCAUCACUGUGGAUGCUGAACAGAAACGUCAGCUAGAGCAGCAGAUGAAGGACUGUGAUUUAAAGCAACGAGACACCGAUGAACGGAUGAAGGCCUUGCAGAAGGAAGCUGCCGCGCUGGAGCACCGUGACAAUGAACUGUUGGCAGAGAAGAAACACCUCUCUGAACUAAAGGGGAAAAAAAGACAACUGGAGCAGAAAAUCAGCACUAAACAGGACAGCCUGAAGCAGAUGGAGCAGAAUAUUAUUGACCUGAAAAAGAUUGAACUGGAGACUAAAGAGAAAAUUGCUGCUGUAAAUUCCCAGAAAGUGGCCAUAGUGACUGCAUUCAUGGCCCAAAUGAAGCUGAGAGCCAAGCUGACAAUGGAGAAGGUGUAUCUGGCUUUGGAGACAGUGUGUCUGAUGGCAGAGAAGAACAAGCUGGAGAAUGACUGCAGAGAAGGCGCCUCUGAGCUGAGGACUGUUGAUCAAAAAUGCAGCCGACUGGAGCAGAGAAAGGUGCAGCUGACAGACCAAUGCAAAGGCCUGUUGAAGAGAGCAAAGGCGAUCUGUAGGAUGCAACCUGACGAGUCAUUGCCCGAAGACCUGCGUAAUGCUUUCAGCAAGCUCCCCGACACACUGGAUGAUGUUGAUGCCAGGCUGAAUGAGGAGCGGUCCAGAGCCGAGUGCUUCACUGGCCUAAGUGAAAAUGUUGUCGAAGAGUACAACAGGAGAGAGCAGGAGAUUAAACAAAUGGAAAAAGAGCUGGAAGAAAAGAGCAGCGCCCUGAAUGCCUACCGACAAAACAUAUCUGAGGCUAAAGAACGCUGGCUUAACCCUCUGAAACAGCUGGUUGAACAGAUAAAUGAAAAGUUCAGUGCUUUCUUUUGCUCCAUGCAGUGUGCAGGAGAGGUCGAUCUGCAUUCAGAGAAUGAGGAGGAGUACGAUAAGUAUGGGAUCCGCAUUCGGGUGAAGUUCCACGCCAGCACUCAGCUCCACGAGCUGACGCCUUACCACCAGAGCGGAGGAGAGCGCAGCGUCUCCACAAUGCUUUACCUCAUGGCCCUGCAGGAGCUCAACCGCUGUCCCUUCAGAGUGGUGGAUGAGAUCAAUCAGGGAAUGGAUCCUGUAAAUGAGCGAAGAGUCUUUGACAUUGUGGUCCGCACAGCCUGCAAAGAGACAACAUCCCAGUACUUCUUCAUAACACCAAAACUGCUGCAGAAUCUUACAUAUGCUGAGGAGAUGACCAUCCUUUGUGUCCAUAACGGCCCUCACAUGCUUUCCCCCAACCAAUGGGACGAGAAGGCUUUCGUCCGGCGGUGUCUCGAAAGAAAAGCCAGGGCGUGAACCCACCGGGCCGACCUGAUGUGCCGGGGCUCAUUCAAACUCCAGUUCAAAAAGUACCAAAUGUGAAGUUGGUAUUAAUAAUUUAGAUACAGAAUUUGUGAGUUUUGUGCCUUAACAUUCAGAAUAUGCCAUUAUUUUUUUUUUUUUUUAAAUUGGAGUGGAUGUUUAUAAAACUGAUUAAAUGAAAAUUAUUGAUGCAUAAUAAGCAUCAACAUGUUUCAUCAUUUGCACAUUUUCUUAUUUAUGCAGCAGUAUGUUGUGUCAUAUGUUAUUUCUUAACUGCAUGCUCAUGUUUAUGUAUCUGAAUAAAAUGCUCUGCUGUU